AAAUAAGAGCAGUUUAUAACAUGCAGACCUAUCUCUUUUUGGCUCCCACUUCCAUUGAUAAAGGUGGUAGCUCCAACCAGAACUUUUCGUUUGGACCAUGGGCGUGGCCUAACAAGCGCAUAGGUAUUUUUCACCCUCGUACCCAAGUUUCAGCAUCUGCUAUUGGUGGCGGGCAGCAGAGCCACUAUAGUGUGCUUGGUGUUCCACACAAUGCUUCUUCUGUUGAUAUAAAAAAGGCCUAUCGUCUUCUUGCUCUCAAGGUACCACCAUACCCUUUUGGCAUAGAUGUUCCGUAGAAAUAUACAAGGAGAAGGAAAGAAGAAGGCAUUUUAGGCGGUUAUUGGAUAUUAUAACACAAUUGAACCUUUGACUUUUGGAUACCUGACUAGCAAUAUUUGUUGCUUUAUUUAAUUGUCUUUGUUGUUUGACAAUACUGAUUAGUUACCGAAUGAAAAAAUGAAAAUAAUAAUAAUGUAAUUGAUGUAUCAUUCUAUUUCUUCUUUUUAGAAAAGAUUGUAACUGAGAAUUAUUUAAGGCAACCGUGAGUGAGAAUUUGAGAUGAAGUGCUUCAGUCUUUAAUUGGGUAAAGCAUUAUCAUUAUGAGAAACUUCUGAAGCAGAAAUGUGGUACGCCCUCCGUCUUAAUCUAAGUGUCUUAGUUUGACUAGGCACGGAGUUUAAGAAAUAAAGGAAGACUUUUGAGUCUUGUGGUCCUAAAUUAAAGAUGUGUGUAGUCCUUAAAACCUUGUGGUCUUAAACUUACCAUGUAGUAUGUCAGAACUGAAAAAACUUUCUAAUAUUGGAAGAGACACUCUUUUUGUGACAAACCAAAAAGGAAAGUAAGACACUUAAUUGGGACAGAGGGAGUAAUAAACAACGUGAAGGUUUCACAUAUAAUAUGGAAUGAGACAGAAAGUAGGAUGUAAGUCAGUUACUUCCUGACCUGUCAUACAAACAAGAGGAGGAGAAGAACAAUAUAUCACCUCAACCAAUGCCUUCCUUUUUCUCCUCCUUCCGAACAGAGUUUGCCAUUGACAAACAGUCCUAUGAGGUUGUAGUGGUUGUUGCUUUGUCCUGCUUAUCUGCCAAAAUAUCUUUUUAAGAUUGUGGAGCUAUGGAAUUUUUUUGUUCAGGGUAAAAAGGCAUGAAUAAUUAUAUUUCAUGUCUGUUGUCAAUAUGGUUGGCUCUUUUGUCUUGAACUUCUGUUGGCUUACAAAAGGACUGCCUUCUUGUAUGGUUACAUUUCAAUGCUGUUCUCAAGUACAAUGUUCUUCUCUAAAAGAUUGGAACUUUUCCAGUAUCAUCCUGAUGUUAGCAAGGAUUCAGGAGCUGAUGAGGUUUUCAAGAAAAUCCAUCAUGCAUAUGAUGUAUUAUCUAAUGAAUCAUCAAGAAAUCAGUAUGAUCAGGUGCUUCGACAUCAGGAUUAUACCGACAGGCCUUCGGGGGGAUAUUGGGAAUACGACUUUGAAUAUGACGAUGGCAUAAGGACCUAUAGGUGGGCUGAUCUCAGACGAAAAAUGCAAAGAGAGAGAUACUGGGAAAGGUAUCAUACAGGGGAAAACUUCUCGUCUUAUUAUGAUGAAGUCAAGGAGUCUGAAGAAGAAACUCUAGAUGAAGAAAGAGGUCCAUUCGCGGAAGUGCUCAGAUCUGCCUUCCUCUCUUUAUUCCUAAUGUACACCAUAGGUAUUCGUCUAUCUUUGACAUUUAGUAGCCUCAUGGCCUUGCUUGAUCGAAAGUUGGACUCCGGAUACAAGAUUGGUUACCUAGUUGCAUGGAUUUUGGGAGGCAGAGGUGGUGUUCUACUUACAUUAUGCCUUUCAUUUGCAAGUUGGCUUUGUGGCAAAACAAGCAGUAGCGUAGUCGCGUUGGUGGUUAUUGCUGUGUGGGUCGGAUCCAAUGUUGCUAGAUAUGCUCCAUUUCCACAAGGUGCCAUUCUUACACUGUUUUACAUGUCAAUCAAGUUACAAGUUGAUCUUAGCUAAAGCAUCUGCAACAGAGUGAUCACUUACUGAAGAUGCCACUUUUUCUGUCUGUAAAUUUGCUCACUGUUAACUUUUAUUCAUGUUUCUUAUAGUAUAGUCUAUAAUAGUUUCUGUAUGUAAAUUUUCACAAUCAAAUUUUUUAUAUGUUCUACAACUUGUUCAUAUUCAUCUUUAACCAGCAAGAUUGAAAUAUAA